AUUAGCUAGCAGCACUUUGCAUCAUGACUACCCAAACACUUCCUACCUUCCAUUUUGACGGGUCCCGCCUGCGUCUCCAAGCUCCCGCCAUUACUGCUACCUCCAGUAAUCACGCUACUCUCCCAAGCGCGACUUUCAAAAGCCCUCAGAAAGGCGGUGCUUUCCAUGCGGUUCGUGCAAUUGACAACCCUCUGGUCCGUCGGAGUAGUAACCCGACGGCGACGGUCUCCGCUUCAGCGGACCUUGAAUCGGCGGCGAACACCGUCCGGAAAUUCUACGACGGAAUCAACCGCCGCGACCUGGCAUCUGUGGAGGAUAUAAUUGCCGAUGACUGCAUCUACGAGGACCUCGUCUUCCCCAGACCUUUUGUCGGCCGCAAGUCAAUCCUUGAUUUCUUUAGGCAUUUUAUGGAUUCAAUCAGCAGAGACUUGCAGUUCGCCAUUGAUGAUAUAUCUGAGGAAGAUGCAUCUGCUGUGGGAGUGAUUUGGCACUUGGAAUGGAAGGGAAAGCCUUUUCCUUUCAGCAAAGGAUGCAGCUUUUAUAGGUUGGAUGUAAUUAAUGGCCAGAGGCAAAUAGUUUACGGGAGAGACUGUGUGGAGCCUGCGGUCAAGCCUGGAGAUGCAGCUCUGACUAUCAUUAGAGGAGUCACUUGGCUGCUCGAGAAAUUCCCGUCCUUGGUUGAUCGGUUAUAGUUGAAGCAUGGAGGCUUUGCCGCUAUAUGUUGUGGAGCUCAGAUGCCAUUGACCGUACACGCCUCUUUUUUUGGCUGGAGACGAAGAGAGAAAAAGUCGGACAGCUCAACGAACAGUUCAAAGCCACGAAAAAGCUCGCCACCUACGCUUUGGUGUCUCCGCCUAAUUUUCGCCCUUUUCAAUCCGCAACCACUUUCUUCACCUGAAGUUUUCGCUCAACGACCGGCUGGCGGUUUUCGUCGCCUGAAUCAUAAUGUCGGCGGUUGCGAGCUUCUCCUGCCGGCAUUAUGAAGUUCGACCCGCGUUCAGAUCGGAAAACCGGGUCGGUUGGUCGACGUUGAUCGGUCAGAGACCGCCGAAAUUCAACAUUUCGAGGCCUUCUCGCGAGGUAGCUUUGAAUCAAUUGAAAAGGGCAUCUACACGUCCUAGUAUACGCAUGGCAAUGGUAGAUGAGAGGCUGGCUGAUAGGAGUGUUGUUGUCAAGCCGGCUGACAUUUUGGCAUAUGAUCUUGUUCAAGGAGCAGAUGUGAGGUGGAGUUACAUCUUGGACAAGACAGUGCCUCAGCCUCCAACUGCUGUUCUCUUGCACGGCAUUUUAGGUAGCAGGAAAAAUUGGGGAACGUAUGCUAGGAGAUUGGCCCAAGAGUUUCCUAAAUGGCAGUUUCUCCUUGUUGACUUGCGUUGCCAUGGCGAUUCAGCGUCUCUGAAAAAGAGAGGACCCCACACUGUUGCUUCGGCUGCCCUAGAUGUUCUAAAGCUACUUGGCCAUCUGAAGCUAACCCCUCGAGUUCUUGUUGGUCACAGCUUUGGUGGUAAAGUUGCAUUGAGCAUGGUGGAUCAGGUUGCAAAACCUCUUGCCCGGCCUGUUAGGGUCUGGGUUUUGGAUGCUACGCCUGGAAAAGUCCGAGCUGGCGGUGAUGGAACUGACCGUCCUGCUGAACUCAUCUCUUUUUUAAACACUUUCCCCAAAACGGUCUCCUCCAAGAGGGAAAUCGUGGGAGCUCUUGUACAGGAUGGCUUCUCAAAAGAUGUGGCGCAGUGGGUGGUAACUAAUCUUAGGCAAUCUGGGGUCACUGGAGCAUCGUCUUCAAGCUUCUCUUGGGUGUUCGAUCUCAAUGGUAUUUCAGAGAUGUAUCAAUCAUAUGAAGACACAAAUCUCUGGAAGCUCGUGGAAGAAGUUCCUCGAGGUGUACAUAUUAAUUUUCUGAAAGCAGAAAGAAGUCUUCAUAGAUGGGCCAUUGAAGACCUUCACAGGAUCCAUGUUGCUGAGGAACAAGCUGCUGAGGAAGGAGGUGGGGUCGAGAUGCAUGUCCUCGAGGAUGCUGGACACUGGGUACAAGCUGACAACCCGGAUGGGCUCUUUAGAAUUCUUUCGCACUCAUUUCAAGGAUUUUAGACAUCGGCAACUUUUGCAAUGUGCACUGCAGUUGAUUCGAUCUCAGCAAUGUGCAUGUAUGAUUUUUUUGUGAGUAUGCAAGUUUUAGUUUUAGUUGCGGGAGACGAGUUUUGAAGCAGUCAAGCUUGAUAGUGUAGAUGUUCAGAGUAAAUGUGUACUUUUCAUGAGAAGGGAAAUCUGAAAUCAUUAACGUAUAAAUAGUUGAAAGUAUCAAGAAAAAAUGCUAUUCUUCAUCCUGUGAUUUUAGGACAUUAUUUUAUACAAGGAUUAUACUGAAAUAGUUAAAGCUUCUUGGCAGCCCACUUGUAAUCUGCAUAUUGAUGUGUAGAGGAACUGGCUAGAUUUUCUCCUUUCUGAGUCUAUCAACUUUACUCUCGAUUGAUGAUACUCCAUUUUUUUUAUCUUAUUUCUUGUUUCUUGAUUUAUAAAUGCUUGAAUACUAUCAAACAUGCAGACAAAAUCGAUAAGGAAAAUUAAAAAGUAUCGGGC